AGGCAGUGCAUUAUAUCAUACCAAUUUGAAAACCCAGAACAAAUAAAGGAAAACUUAUAUCUCUAGAAAGCAUAUCGAUGGAAUACUUCAAAUACAACAUAUUAAUUGCAGUAUGCAUUUAUGGAGAAUACAACUUCGAUUGUUCUUGAGAAAUCAGCAAGCAAAAUCCAGGGAAGACAUUAAAUAAGCCAUACGAUGAAUACUUAAUAACACAAAUCUGAGAGGUUUAGUGGAAUCAAAAAUGGCAAACAACACUGAGGUCGUAGGAGGAGUCACCACGCUAACUUAUUUAUCAGAGAUGCUUCGUUCAUUGUAAAUACUGCGACGCUGGAUAUUAACGACGCUGAGUUUGGUUAAACCUGCAACGCUGAAUACAAACGAUAUUGAAAUCAUAUCAACGUAACAACCUAGGAAAUUGACAGAUCAAAAUGGAAGAUUUGAGUAGCAAGAUGAGUAAUGUUACGAGUGCUACCCAGAACAUAUACGAUGAGAUGGUUUCAAAUGUUACACAAUCGGAUUUACCAUACCGCAACUACAAUGGAACCAAUUCUACCAGUAAUAUGAAUGACACAUCUCAACCGGUGGAUUACUCAUUACCAACGUACGCUCAAAUCCUUCUCACCACCAUUUACAUGACCAUAACAGUUCUGGCGAUCGGUGGCAAUGUCAUUGUAUGUUACAUUGUCCUCGCUUAUCAAAGGAUGCGUAGUGUUACCAAUUACUUUAUUGUUAACCUGGCCGUGAGUGAUAUACUUAUGGCCGCUCUCUGCAUACCGUUCUCGUUUAUAGCCAACACUCUCUUACACCACUGGCCGUUUGGAGCAUUUAUGUGUCCUGUGAUGGCUUUCUCGCAAACUGGAGCAGUGUUUCUUAGCGCAUUUACUCUCGUAGCUAUUAGCAUUGACCGUUACAUUGCCAUUAUCUUCCCCUUGCGACAACGUAUGUCCACAAGCCAGGCGUUUAUCAUCAUCAUUCUGAUCUGGAUCUCCGCUAUCGCCAUCUCUCUCCCCACGGCUAUUCUCUCCCGCACUCACCAGGCGCUGGACUAUAAUGGUGUUAUGAGAGACUAUUGUACAGAGAAGUGGGACCCUCCAUCCAGAGCGGUGAACUACACAAUGACUAUAUUAACUUUACAGUACUUUGUGCCCGUGUCAGUGUUAAUAUUUACAUACAUAUGGAUAGGUGUGGUCAUAUGGGCAAAGAAGCCACCCGGUGAGGCGGAGAAUAACAGAGAUCAGCGCAUGGCUGCUUCGAAAAGAAAGAUGAUUAAGAUGAUGAUUACUGUUGUGAUCAUUUACGCCAUCUGUUGGCUGCCCCUGCACACUAUAACGAUCUUGGGUGACCUUCAGCCGUCAAUCUGGCACAACCAGUACAUGAAUGUCGUUUGGAUUUGCAGCCAUUGGUUCGCCAUGAGCAACAGCUGUUACAACCCUUUGGUUUACUGUUGGAUGAACGCCAAAUAUAGGAAUGGCUUUAAACAUGUCUUUAGGAAAUGUUGUCCGUUUUUGGCUGGAUGCGAGUCCAAACCAACGGCAGAUACUCUCCAAUCAAUGAGACGGUCCAACACUCUCCUCACGACGGUGAAAUUUACUCAGAGUGACAAAAGAGGGGCCCAGAUGUAUUUAGCUAAGUAUCCAGACGACUCAUCGAGUGAAAGUACUGAGAAGACUGAUACGAUGCCUCUGCGCCCAGUGUCUAAUUUAUCUAAUGGGCUUAACGGACCCCACGGGAGCAGAACAUCGCUCCAUAAACAACAAAAUCGUCAAACUGAUUCAUAUUCAUGAAAAGUCUGAUCCUGUCUUAAACUCCCUAAUAUUAUCAGCCGAAUGUUAAGGAUGCAAUCAUAAAAUACAAGGGGGAUCGUGUAUUCAUUAAUAUAUCUGAGAGUCACAAUGUCCCUUAACACAGACAGAACAAGAUUUGAUUAAUUAAUACACCGCACGUAACAUUUCGGAGAUCAUGAUAUUGCCAUCGUCUUUUGUUGUUACUGUUAAACCACGUUGGUAUUUUCUAGGCAACUAAUCGCCAAUGUAUGCAUUCUGAUACUCAUAGCAUCUCUCUCUUGCAUCGCAGAAGGAUAGAGGAGAGGGCGUGGCUUAUACCACGAUGCAAUGUAUGAUAUGAUAUGAUUGUAGAUAUAGUCUUAAAAUAAAUAUCAGAAUAUAUAAAGUAAGGUCGAGACUCCGGAGAAGUAUGCUAUGUCAUGAUUCCAUUUUUAUCAAUGAGUCCAGUGAAAUAAACCAAUGAAAAUUAUAUCAAGAAAAAUCAUAUGAUAUUUUAUUUAUCCCAUGAA